AUGGCCUUGAAAUUAAAGCGAGGCAAGAUAUGUAUAAAUGCAAAGAAGGAGGAGCUGAUGGUUAUGUCAAUAUCAGAGAUAAUCUCUGAGUUGUUAAAAGCUGUCAAGGAACGCAGAGAUGUUGACCUAAACAAAUUGAAAACCUCAAUAUCGCGAAAAUAUGGACUGUCCUCGCAGCCUCGCCUCGUUGAUAUAAUUGCAGCUGUCCCCCCUCAACAUCGAGACAUCCUCUUGCCAAAACUGAAGGCAAAACCAGUUCGUUCAGCCAGUGGGAUUGUUGUUGUGGCUGUGAUGUGUAAACCCCAUAGGUGCCCACACAUAGCAAUGACCGGCAACGUUUGUGUGUACUGUCCCGGUGGACCCGACUCCGAUUUUGAAUAUUCUACACAAUCCUACACUGGGUAUGAGCCCACGUCCAUGCGCGCUAUACGCGCGAGGUACAAUCCCUACGUCCAGACACGUCAUCGAAUUGAACAGUUGCAACAACUGGGGCAUUCAUGUGACAAAGUCGAGUUUAUUGUAAUGGGUGGUACAUUUAUGUGUUUGCCGGAAGACUAUCGUGAUUAUUUCAUCAGAAAUCUCCACGAUGCUUUGUCUGGCCACACUUCAAAAAAUGUUUCCGAGGCCGUUUAUUAUUCUGAAAGAAGCAAAACAAAAUGCAUCGGGAUAACCAUCGAGACAAGGCCCGAUUAUUGCCUGAAAAAGCAUCUCGGAGAAAUGCUGAGCUAUGGAUGUACGCGUCUCGAAAUCGGAGUUCAAAGCGUCUACGAAGAUGUCGCGCGAGACACGAAUAGAGGUCACACCGUCAAUGCGGUUUGCGAGUCUUUCCAUCUAUCAAAAGACGCUGGUUUCAAGGUCAUCGCGCACAUGAUGCCGGACCUACCCAACGUUGGGUGGGAGCGCGAUCUGGCCCAGUUUGUGGAGUACUUCGAGAACCCCGCCUUCAGAUCAGAUGGUUUGAAGAUCUACCCCACCUUGGUCAUUCGUGGUACUGGAUUGUACGAACUCUGGCGGACGGGUCGAUACAAAAGCUAUCCUCCUAACAUGCUCAUCGACCUGAUUGCAAGGAUACUUGCGUUGGUUCCGCCAUGGACUCGAGUCUACCGCAUUCAGAGGGACAUUCCGAUGCCACUGGUAACAAGUGGCGUCGAGCACGGUAACUUGCGAGAGCUUGCUCUUGCACGGAUGGAUGAGUUGGGGGCAAAGUGUCGUGAUGUACGAACUCGGGAGGUGGGCAUUCAAGAGAUACACAAGAAAGUCCGACCGUCACAGCUCGGGUAG